CCUGUGCAGCUGUCGACACAUUCUUUUUCCGGCGAGAUCCUCAGGUGGACGUAACGUAGUUUUUAUAAUUUUAGCCGUAAAAUUUUCUCCAUCUUCCUACAAUGAAAAUCUGGAAGGAUAUUUUCACCGGUGACGAGAUGUUCUCGGACACGUACAAGUUGAAGCUGGUUGACAACGUUAUGUACGAGGUGUACGGCAAGCAUGUGUCGCGCACAAUGGGAGACGUCCAACUGGACGGCGCUAAUCCCUCUGCCGAAGAAGCCGAAGAAGGAACCGAUUCUGCUACCGAGUCCGGUGUGGACAUCGUGCUGAACCAUCGGUUGGUAGAGACCGGAUUUGGCGAUAAGAAACAAUUCACCACCUACCUGAAGGAGUACAUGAAGAAAUUGGUCACCAAGCUAGAGAAGGACAACCCCAGUGAAGUGGAAGUAUUUAAGACCAACAUCAACAAAGUAAUGAAAGACCUUCUGGGACGUUUCAAGGAUCUGCAGUUCUUUACCGGCGAAUCAAUGGACUGUGACGGACUGAUUGCCAUGCUUGAGUACCGCGACAUCGACGGUGAGAGCACGCCGGUCCUGCUAUGCUUCAAACACGGCCUGGAGGAGGAAAAGUUCUAGACUAAUUGUACAGCACCCAACUCUUCUAGUUAAUAGGUCUUUUUUUCGAACAGUUUUCAGUUUCUUUUUUAAACAGAAUCAAACCUAACUCUCACUGUAAAGUCUACUGCUUCCUAUUUAUGUGCGGCUACAGCGCAUGUUUAUUUUUUUACCGGCUAGUUUCAAUCGUAAGAAAAGAAUACUACGGUUAGAUGACGAUGAGACGAUCUUUUAGCGACAAUACAAUUCCAAUAGAGCAAAGACUAGUUACAUCUCCUUCAACAAACUAAAAAAGCUCGUGUAGUCGUAUUGGCUAAGCUUCGUCAUAGCAAAUGGUUCUAUUUAUGCAUUUGUUACAGAAGAUGUAGAAACCGAGCGCAAAACAAAUAUAGCGUUCCCUUGACCAUCUAAUACUCGUUAUUAAUCGGCUAUUUUUGCUUGUUUUUGCUACCGACUGCAAGAUUACUUUGAAUAUUCAAGUGAUACAAACAAUCACACCGUUUCAAGUAAGGGUGACUGAAUGGAAGGUGGAGAAAAGUAGAUUUAUCCUUCUCUUAUUUGUAAACAUACAACGCAUCUCAUGAAUAUCAACUGACAGAGAUGUAUAUCGGUAAGAAUGUCAAAUCAGGAACAAAAUAAAAUUAAAAGUACGAAACGAAUUCCAGCCAGUUUCGUAUUUGUUGUAAAGGA